UUCAAAUCCCCCGAGCUCCACUUGAAAUCUAUCCGUCUUUCUCUCUAUCCUGCAUCAUAUAGUGAUAUAUUCUCCCACCCAUCCAACUAACCAUUUGCCAAACAUGGCCAAACCAACAACAGUAAGUCACUCUCACCCACCAACUCCUACCUACUAGGUAGGUCGGUAAGACUGUCAUCCUCUAAUUCGAAUAAUCGUAUGCGUAUCCAGAACGUCCAGUCCCGCCUUGCACACCUCCUCAAACACUGGCCCGUAGACCCGGUCCGUCCAGCCUCCGUCUCUAUGCAAACAUACCUGCAAUCUCGUCUUUCCCCUUCCCCAGUCUCCGAAACCAAGCCAGGACCAUCGCAAUCGCAAUCGCAGUCGCAGUCGCAGUCGCAGUCACUAUCGUCGGCAAGCAACAACAACAGCAGCAGCAACAUCCUCAUCUCGGAAUCUUCGCUCAAUGCUCUAUCAUCCCUCCUAGAAGACCGAUAUGCCCGGCGCUAUCCGCUUUCGCCCAAGUUGCGACGACCCGCGAGUAACCCAGACCACUAUGACAAUGUGAUUCGGGAGUUUGAGGAGGCGCCGAAUAGGGAUUGGCUGGGAAGGAUUGGGAAGCGGUUGACUGGGUUGUUUCGGUUUACGUAGGUCGUUUUUGUUUGAUUUGUGCGCAGGUUCGAUUACUGGGAUUUGUAUAGUAUUGAUUUGAUGUAUUAUAAUGCGUUGUUGUGUAUGGGUAAGACUGUGUGCUUGAGAGAGAGAGA